CUGCAAUUAUUGUAAUAAGUUUUUUUAAAUGAGAAGAAAAUCAGGUAGUAAAUUUAAAUUUAAUUAAAGUUCGACAAUGGCAGCAAUAGAGAAUGGAAUUAAGAAAGAAAAUGACAACGAUCGGAUAAUUUUGAAACAAGUAAAAACAUGGCUGAUAACAUCGAAUUUGAUUCUAAUUCUUUCUUCAAUUGUCGUAACAUUAGUGUCUACCACUAUUCUAAUUACUGUUAUUUUAUUAAUGUCAGUAAAAAGUAAUACUCCAAAUAUUCCGCAAGUUCCUGCUUCAUCAAAUGAAUCUGAUGUUUGGAUUCACGGUGUUAAAGUGGUUUCAAGAGAUGAAUGGUUAGCUCAACCAGCGCAGGAACGUGAAAAAUUAACUUUACCGGUGAAAUAUGUGUUUAUCAGUCACACGGCUACGGAUUUUUGCAAUAAUCAAGCUGAAUGUGUACAUCGAGUGAGAUAUAUUCAAAUAUUUCAUAUGUCAUCACAAGGUUGGGCUGAUAUUGGCUACAAUUUCCUCGUUGGCGGCGAUGGUAAUGUUUACGAGGGUCGAGGUUGGGAUUAUGUUGGCCAACAUACAUACUAUUAUAAUAAUAUAAGCCUUGGCUUAUCAUUUAUUGGUACAUUCAACGACUAUAUGCCACCGAAGAGUCAAAUAUUUGCGGCUCAAAAAAUUAUCGAAAAAGGCGUUGAAUUAGGUAAAAUAAGUAAAAAUUAUACCCUAUUAGGUCAUCGUCAAGUGUCAAAUACUGAAAGUCCAGGCGAUGCACUUUUUUCGGAAAUUAAAAAGUGGCCUCAUUGGUCACAGACACCGUAAAAUAGAUUUUUUCUCCGAUAAAAUUUCAUUUUUGAAACUAAACAACUUGUAGGGUAAUAUUUUUUACAUUCACCAUUUUUCGUCUGUUCAAUAUAAUUAAUAUUGAAUUCGAAACUCAUUAUUAUCAAUCCCGCCAAACCAGAGCAAAUAAAAGCCGUUAAACCUAACCUCAAAAAUGUGUAAAUUUACCUCUUUUUGUAAUCAAGUAUUAAAAUACUUUAAAAAUA